AUGCAGCAUGAAGGUGUGGCGAAACAGACGAAAGUGCGGAAGUUCAUUUGUGGCAACAACCUCGAGAACGAGGCUGUUGAUCUCGAGCUAUUUGUUGACCUUCUUUUUAAAGACCCUGAAAGCGGCUCGAAGGUAUGGAGAAACCGAUCCAAAGGCGGAAGUUGAGCAACCAAAAGCUCGAGGUUGAUCCUCUCAAGAAACCCAGAAUGGCAGAGUGUCAAAAUUUCAGUUUGGAGGAUUUCCAACAAUGUAAUGGAAAAAGAGUUCCAGAUUAUCUGGCAAAGGUGUCAAAGAUUGUGUCUGAAGAAAAAGGCAAAGAAAUCUCUCUGGGUUGUUCAGUUGGGUCCAGACUGACCAUUGGACCAGUGGAGGACACAGAAUAUAAUGACAGCCCUGCAGUGGUGAACGCAUGGGGAAAGUUUUAUCUUCCCAAAACAACAAAGAUGGAGGUUAUCGGCUAUGUGAAGGGAACUUCGUACCCAUGUGACCAGCUUGUUCUGAUGACCGGUGAGGACCAGAAGGUGUACGGCUUUGAUGGAGACGAGCUGCAUCUGGUGGCUUCAUCACUGUAUGAGAUGUUCAAAGAGGGAAUAGCCUACCCUGCAUCCCAAAGUUAUUACUAUGGGGAGCCUUUCAAAGACAUGACCAGAGAGGACUGGGCGAAGGUGAAACCGGGCCCUGAGGGGAAGAGGUUGGAAGAGGAGCAUCGUAAACUGGUGGCUUCUUGCAAAGACGCAUUCCUGCAGAAUCUUAAAAUCAUCAGACAAAGACAGAGGUGUCAUCAGCAGAAUGGCAACAUCCUCCCCAAAAGCAACAUGACUCAGUUGCAGAAAGGUGGAACGUGACUAAGUUUUUGUCAUUCAUGUAGUUUAAAAAAACCAAGCACUUUAUUUUGUUCUGUGGAUGUUUUACAUGAUUUUGAUAAACAUGGUAUGUGUUAUGAAAUAAUAAAUGACAUAAACUGUC